UGGGUCCCUCUGCCUGCCGGUUGGCCCCUCGCGGACACGCCUUUUCGCCUCAGAAUCUCUCUGAACCAUGGAGGAGCAGUUACAUAUACACUGCGCAAACCGUGGAGCGGUUGCACAUACUGACAUACCCUGGGUGCGGUGUCCGCGGUGUGUUGGCGAUCCUCGCAAACUUCUUGCCUCAUCCUAGCGGAAGAACAAGGUUGGGGGCGCAAUGGCCGCGGAUCCGAGCUUCGUCGUCGGGAUCAUAGGGAACGUGAUCUCCAUCCUCGUCUUCGCGUCGCCGAUCGCGACGUUCCGGCGGAUCGUGAGGAACGCGAGCACGGAGGACUUCCGGUGGCUGCCGUACGUCACCACCCUGCUCAGCACCUCGCUCUGGACCUUCUACGGCCUGCUCAAGCCCGGCGGCCUCCUCGUCGUCACCGUCAACGGCGCCGGCGCCGCGCUCGAGGCCGCAUACGUCACGCUCUACCUCAUCUACGCGCCCAGGGAGACCAAGGCGAAGAUGCUCAAGCUGGUGCUGGCCGUGAACGUCGGCUUCCUCGCGGCGGUCGUCGUGGUGACGCUGGCGGCGCUGCACGGCGGCGUCCGGCUGCUCGCGGUGGGCGUGCUGUGCGCCGCGCUCACCAUCGGCAUGUACGCCGCACCGCUGGGCGCAAUGCGGACAGUGGUGAAGACCCGGAGCGUGGAGUACAUGCCCUUCUCCCUCUCCUUCUUCCUCUUCCUCAACGGCGGCGUCUGGAGCGUCUACUCCGUGCUCGUCAAGGACUACUUCAUCGGCGUACGUCCCCAACGCCAUCGGCUUCGUCCUGGGCACGGCGCAGCUGGUGCUGUACAUGGCGUACCGGAAGGCGACGCCGCCGCCGCGCAAGGAGGACGACGACGGCGACGGCGAGGCGGGGGACGAGGAGGAAGGGCUGGCGCAGCUGAUGACGGGGCAGGCGGUGGAGAUGGCGCAGCGGCGGGCGCGGCUGCACAAGGGGCUCAGCCUGCCCAAGCCGUCGGGCGCGCCGCUGUCGUCGUCGCCGCGGGACGGGCUCGGGAGCAUCAUCAAGUCCAUGUCCGCCACCCCCGUCGAGCUGCACUCCGUCCUGCACCAGCACGGCCACGGCCGGUUCGAGCCCGUCAAGAAGGACGACGACGUCGAGGCGGACGAGUGACGUCGGCGGUCGUGCAGGCGUUUCUGUGUGCGUAGAUGAUGGGACGGGAAUCGAAUGGCCAGCGUGUGUGUGUAUAGUAUAUUCCCUGGAGAAAUUCAGAUCAGUAGCUAUUGGAACGGAGUGAAUUCGAGUGUUGGAAGCUCUAAAUUAGUCUGUUUGCCUCAUCUGGAAAUUCGGCCAGCAGAUGAGAACAAGCAGAAUAUUCCUGUUAAAUUUUAAAAAAAAUCUCGUAUGCCCAGCAGCCUGGGCCUAUUGCCCUA